ACCCGAGCUAGCUCUCCCUCUCCUCCCGAUCUCAGCCGCCAUGAGGCGACCGACCCCAGCGACGCUCGAUCCGGUGCUACACUGGCCGCCGGUCGACGCCAGCGAGGAUUUGUGCCCUCUCCCGACCAACGUCUCUCUCUCGCGAAAUAGGAUUGGGCGCCCCUACCGUUUUCCUGGUUGAAGGCGGCCAGAGCGCCGCACGGGAGGCCUUUGUCGAGCGAAGCCCUGGAUCACGGUGUUCCUGCGGAGGGACAGGGCGGUGGAUUCGAGGAUGGGCGCGGCAGGCGGAGCUCUGUCCUCCUUUGUCCUCUCCCAUCGAGCGUUGGAUCGAAGAAGCAUCUCCUCCCCCCACCUCCAUCCCGUCUCCUCUCCUACAUCGGCCACACCACGCCGCGCUCAUGGAGCGGAGUCACAGAAGCACGACGCUGACUGCGGUGGAGUGAGGAGAGCUCGUCCGGUCGUCUUGUCCCUCCAAGGCAGGAUCAGGCCCAACCUCCACGCCACCAGCUCCACCCCAUAUCUCUUGCCUUUCCGCUGGUUCAAUGGUGCCUUCAGCAAAGUCACCGAGGCUGGUCAUGUUGCCGGCUCAAGAACAACAGAAAAGUUCCAGAUAGUUGUGUCAAAUAUAUCAGCCAAAGGACCUGCUGUCGUUGCUUGAGCUUGUUGAGUUUGUUCUGGGAGCUGCUCUUCCUGGGGAAAAUCUGUUGGAAACCUUGAGCAAGCAUCUAAUGUUGGCUGUGUCAUCAAGCUUUGGCUUGUAACUGUUUAUUUUUCUCCUUCUCAUCUUCUUCUUUUAGGGGGUUUA